AUGGCUUGGUUAUCCCUCCCUUCUUCUCUUCCGUCUUGGUCUCUGGACAGAACAUCCUCCAGGCACAUAUUCUACGGCAUUAUCAUCGGUAUUUCCUUCUCGCUAGCCUCCACUUCCGUUGCGCAGUACAGGCGCGAGAAAAAGAAGGAAGAGGUCAACGACAAAUUUGAGCCAAGGCCCAUUGAACUGCGAAGUGACGAGGUUGUGGAUGGAGUGGUUGGUUUGAUAGCAGGGAACACGCCGCUCGUAAGGAUCCCUUCGUUAAGUCGAGCAUUGGGUGUGGAGAUUUUGGGAAAGGCGGAGUUUCUGAACCCAGGCGGGAGUGUGAAGGACCGUGUUGCACUGAGAAUGAUUGAGGACGCUGAGCAGGCGGGUUAUCUCCAUCCGUACACUGGAUCACGGAUAUUCGAGGGCACCGUCGGCUCGACCGGUAUCUCCAUCGCUACGAUAGCCAAAGCGAAGGGAUACGAUGCCACGAUCAUCAUGCCGGAUGACGUCGCGAAAGAAAAAGUACAAGCCCUCAAAUGCCUCGGCGCGGACGUCGAACAGGUCCGGCCAGCCAGCAUAGUGGACAAGAAACAAUACGUGAACCUCGCCCGCCAACGAGCACUCCACUUCGGCGAGCCCCCUUCCUCCCCCUCCUCCCAUCGCCCGCACAUCCAAACCGCGACCUCGAGCGUCGUGGUGACCACCACCGCCUCGGAGGACCUGCGCCUGAAGCCGCGCGGGUUCUUCGCGGACCAGUUCGAGAAUAUGAGCAAUUACUAUGCGCAUCUAGAGGGCACCGGCCCGGAGAUUUGGAGGCAGACGAACGGGAGGGUGGACGCGUUCGUCUCUGGGGCAGGUACUGGGGGUACCAUCGCAGGCACAGGCCAGUUCCUUAAGUCGAUGGACGAAAAUAUCCUCGUCGUCCUCGCCGACCCCGAGGGCAGCGGGCUGUACAACAAGAUAAAACACGGGGUGAUGUAUGACCGGAAGGAGCGAGAAGGCUCGAAGCGGCGGCACCAGGUCGACACCGUCGUGGAGGGGAUCGGGAACAAUCGCAUGACGAACAACAUCGAGCUCGCGGUGUCCAACAUCGACGACGCCUACCGGAUAACGGACGAAGAGGCGGUGGCGAUGUCGCGCUACCUCGUGCAGCACGACGGCCUCUUCCUCGGGUCGAGCAGCGCGUGCAACCUCGUCGCGUGCGUGAAGCUCGUGAAGAGGAUGGGCUGGAGGGAGGGGCAGCGGCUGGUGACGAUUUUGUGCGAUUCGGGGAGCCGGCAUUAUUCAAAGUUCUGGAACGACGACUACCUGCGUGCCGCAGAUAUCCCCAUCAACCCCUCACUCAUCGACGACCUCCUCUCAUCGUCAUCGAAUCCGCCCUCCGAGACUUCAUGACCGAUUGGCGAAAUGGAUCCCAGAAAUAUAUGUAUAUGAUGGGCAGUAAUUUAGGUAGUGUACACACAUUGCAACCCGGGUAUGUUAAACAUCAUGACAACACUAGUGCAGAGCGGAAAGCGGAUCGACGACGUGUGCGCAUAGGACUACUUAUGGAUGAGGUGUGUAUGAUACAGUGUGGUGAGUGCUGGCAUAAAAUACAGAAUAAGGAAUGAACCGGAGCGGAGGAGCAGAUAGCAGGAGGUCGUUAUCCUGGCCAAUUGGAGUUGCCGGCUUGAAGGGAGGAUGAGGAUUGUGAGGAGGCCGGCGUGGCUGGCUGGGCGCCGUUGGGCGGGAUAAGAUUCGUACCUGGGGGUUUGGGGGAUAUUAGUCCUUGCGGGUCACGAUUACUCGUGGAAGCUGAGCUGUUAUCUUGUGAAGUAGAAGCGUCCUGGCCGAUCCUAAGAUACCCCGCUUGAACGAGGAAGUCCCAUACGCGGCUCGUCUUGUUGACGUCGAUCUUAACAAGGUCCCGUGCUUCUCGUCGCCGCAGUUUUCCUCCGCGGCGCGCAUACUCUCGGACAAGCGUUUCCUUGAUGAC